AUGUCUACGCCGCAAAAUCAAGGCGCAUAUAAUGGCGGUGGAGACAAUCACACUACUAUGUCAUCAUCUGCAGUCAAAUUCGGUAUAGAUUCGGCUGUAAGUGAUCCAAAUGACCCUCAUGUAAAAGAAAAUCAGGAGUUUCAAGAGAGAUUUCUAAAAUUUCUUCAAUAUCAAGAAUUAGAUUCGGAUGAAAUCCCAACAGACUUUAACGAAGAGGAAGAAGAAUCAGAUUUAGCAUUUUUCGAUCUGAAAAUCACAAAACCCGAGUGUUUCUUUGAUGAAAUUCAAUCAAAUAACAAAUAUAUUACAUACGUUUCAAACAAAACUGCAGAAAAUGGAGCCAAGCCGUUAUACCUUAAAGCUAUUGAUUUAAAUGAUGGUGUAUAUAGGUGGAACUACAUUGAAUGCAAAAAUGCCAAUGUGAAUAGAUUGAAUAAUCGCUUGAUUUUAGACGAUCCUAACAAAAUUACAUUCUUUAAUGAAGAAGGCGAAAUGAAACAAGAUGCUCCUUUAGUACGUCAAACAAUGCCAUACGCUGACUUCAAAAAAGCCAAGAAAAAAGUUGAUGACACACUUCUUUAUAAUUUUGUCCCUGGAACAAUGAUUCCUAUUUCAGCAACUAUUGUUUCGCGUUUUAUUAGAAUAGAAAUCUUUAAUAUAGAGUUUGCUGUACACCCUUUAUCUUCUAAAGCAACAAUUCUUCAGAAUCAAAUUUUAGAAUUAUAUCGAUCAAUAGAAAACGAAACAGAAAUUUCUCGGAUACAAAAUUAUAAAUCUCGUAUAGAUCUUAUCAGAGCACAGUUGAAAAUCGUUAGAGAUGAUAAUCGCAAAAAAUUAUUACAAGAAGUCGUUCGUUUACAAGAGUUAAGAGACUUCGAAGAACAUAAAGUUAGAGAAAUUCGUGAUAUGCUUCUAAAUUCUUGGCACGCAUUAAAAGAAAUUCAAGAAAGUACUUUUAUUAUCGCUCCUUUCAUUUUGAAGUGGGUUUCACGCAAAAGAAAUGAAUCCGAGCGACAAUUUGAAGUUGCUCUCCUCGAAACAGAUAUAGGAAUUCGUGCAAAUGAAAUUGCAGAACUCGAAGAAAUUAAUACUGGUAAGAAACCAAAUACAGACAAUAUUAUACAGACAUUAAAAGAUCAAAGAGUAAAAUUAGGCUUGAGAAAUCCAGGAGAAACGACUUGGGAGCCUGUUUUAAAGAAAAUUGAAAUUCCAUCGGUCCAAAGGUUAACAAUGGAAGAAAAUAACAGAAGAAAAAUGAUAGAUGAAACAAAUUUAUGGAUACAAGCAAAUAUCUCUGAUAAAAAAGCUAUUUCGUCCGAAUUCAAAAUGAAUUAUUCGUUAUACGCCGAAUCUGGCAUUGGGAUACGCUUCCUUUGUACAAGAGUUCCAAAGGCGGUUCCAGUAGAAAUAUGGCAAGACGGUCCAACAGGAAAAACAGUAAUCGCGACAGUAAAUAUCCCUGUUGUUAACGGUGUUCCAUAUCAGCCAAUGAAAAUACAGUUUACAAGUAGUCAACCAAUUCAUGGCUGCUUAGUCCAAGGAACAAUUUCAGCACAAGGCUUCGUUGAACCAGAUUUUGAUGGCGGACAGACAGUUAUCCACGAAAUGUCUAAAAAGAAAGCAAUAAUGAAGGAUUUGAAGUCCAAUCCAUCAUCUUUCAUUAGCGUACCUAAAUUUGUUGAAACAACUAAAAAUUCAGAUCCAAAUGAUCCAAAACUCCAAGAAAUUCUAAACGAAGCAAACGUUGAUUUAGACCCACAAAUAAUUUCCAACCAGUUUAUUCUCGACAAAGGUGUUAUUGCCACGAAAUUUUCUUCAAUGGCCCCAAUGAUGGUCCACAAUGAGCUUCCCCAUAAAGUUUUCAGAAAGCCAGAGCCAAAACCUAAUAAUAAAUCCGAUACAAAACUUGAGGAUGUCAUCAUUGAUUCCGAUAAAUGGUCAGUCAAAGACAUUUUGCAUUCUUUGUGGUCCUUCUUUUUCGAAAAGAGAAGACCAUUAAGUGUCAAUCCAAUUGACUUUCCAUCAACAGAAUACAUCAGGCAUGGAUCUGUUGUCAUUUCCAGAUUGUUAUCUGCAGCAAAUACUCCUCAAAGAAUGCAGAUGUCCAUCAAAAACUAUGUUCCUCUUGAAAAUUCCGCGAGAGUUUUCGCGAGAGUCUUUUUCGAAGGUGUAAGUUAUUUAACAGACGCUGUUGACAUGAAAGAUGGUGCAUGGAAUGAAUCAAUCACAUACGACAUGGCUGAAUUGUUUGGUUUGAAGACAGAUGUAAAAUCUAUUGCAACUAAAACAAUAAGAAUUGAUUUGUUCGAUCAUGUCAACUUGAAGCAAAACGAAAGAGACCAAAACAUGCCAGAGAAAAUCUCAGAAAACCACUUCUUGGCAACACUUGAAAUACCUGUUAAAUCAUUGAUAUUUAAUGGUGGAAUUGAUGACGUAAUUCCUAUGAUUAGUCAUCCUUUGCAUUUCGGAUAUGAAUCAAUGUCGAAACCAAUCAUGAUUAAUCUCAAUUUACAGUCGAUUCCUCCAUUAACAUUCACCAUUGACAGAAACAAUUAUAUUAAUACAGAGUCACAAGCUGUUGCUUAUAGAUUUAAAUACAUUUUGGAUGCAAGAAAAUCAUCAAAUCUUAGAUACGUUGCUUUCUCGAAAGACGGACAAAACAAGCUGCAAUUGAUUUACAGGAACUUGUGCAAAUUGCAAACACCUCCUAAUUUCACAACUAUUCAAUCUUUGCUGAGAUUUGUUUCUGCAAUUCCUUAUACAAGUGAAUUCCCUGACGAUCAAAAUCCAACUGUAAAAUCUCCUUCAAUUGUCAUGGAAGAAAUGAGCGGAACAAUUGAAGAACAUGCAGUUAUAUUAUCUUCAUUCCUUGAAGCAAAUAAUAUCAAAUCGAAAGUAGUCCUUGGAUAUGAUAAAGUUCACGGACCAUCAGCUUUCGUUUUAGUUGAUCAGAACCAGAAAUAUUUGUUGGAUCCCGUCACGUGCAGAAUCUGGGAAAUGGGAGACAAGAAAUGCACUUUGUAUAGGAUAGGAACAAUAUUUGAUAGAACAAACAUCUGGUUCAACAAACAGAAUGUUGGAGAUACUUGGAAAUUAUCAUUUAAUACUGAUAACAAUGAUCUUUGGGAACCAUUUUUCUACAGAAACUUCCAAGAUGAAAAACUCCAAAUUUCAGAAGAAAUUAAACCAGUUGAAUACGGAAUUCAAGCAUCAAUGAUUGCAGCUGAACUUCAAAAGAAGAUUGAAGAAGAAGUUUGUGUUGCUGUUGAGCUGUUUAGAUCUCCAUCAAAGACAAGAUGGGUCAAUGAUUUGUCAAAGAAUUUGAGAAAUGCUUUGAAGAAAUGCGAAGAAGCUGCUUUGUCUAGUGAAGAUUACAAUUUCCAGGAGAUAUUUGAUAAUGUCAAAGAGAAUUUCCCUGAUUGCAGAAUUAUUGGAUCUCCUUUCUUUGUCAUGGCAAAUAGCAGCAAAGAGAGCAGAAUGAAAAUGAUCAACGAAAUCAAAUCAGAAAUUAAACUGAGAGAAGUUUUCUUCACAGAAAAUGAAAGUACACAGUUUGCUUGUGCUAGUUCAGUUCUUCCUUAUCCACAUGGAAUUUUUGCUGUUUGGACAAUUUUAGUAUCCGUCAAUCAAAUUUAA